AUGCCUGAAGCAGAACUAAUAGAAGAAUACUUUAAUGAAGAAAGACAUAAACAAGAACCUCAUAACAAUGAACCAAGUGCAAGAAGCUCUAAAAGAUAUGAAGUAUCUUCUGACAAGCAAACCUUACCUUUCAAAAUUGAAAAGAAAACCUCAGAGAAGAAAAACAAACUAGAAAAUCAAGUAUUUAGAAGGACAGAAAAGCGAGACAAAACUCAUACAGAGAAUAGAAGAGAAGAACGUUACAAAGAAAACUUGUAUAAAGAAUCUUUCAAUGACAUGGCUCAAUGCAUUCAGGCUUUGGAGAGAAAACUAACUCUAGUCGAUCAAGAAGAAAAACUUGAAAGACAACUUAGAGCAGAGACAACUUCAAACAAAAACAAGUCAAAAUACAGAGAAAGCACUGAGAGAAGAGAGGGAAGCAGAAGGGUAUAUGAUGUUAACAGAGAUAGCAAAGUAAAACAAAUUAAAGGAGAUAAUACAAAGGUAGAACUGCUAGCAGAGUAUGGUAAGUCAGAAGGAUACAAUAUAAUUGGAAUAGUAGAAACCAAUAUAGGUGAACAAGAAGGCAAAUGGAUAAAUACAAAAGAAUACAGGUACUCAAGCUUUUGGUUAGAAACAGAGAAAGGAAAAUAUAAAGGGUCAGGAAUCAGGCUACUAACAAUGCAGGAUAUGAGGAACAUCAUCUUAGAUAGCAAUAUAGAGCAGAUGGAAACAGUAACAGAUAGUGAUCAUGGAAUAGUCUGGUUACAAUUAGAUAGUGCAAGGAAGAGAAAAAAAAGAAGAGAAGAAAACCAAGAAGAAAUAGAAUCUGAAACAGAUAUUGACGAAGAAUGGGAGCUAAUAGCCAAGGCAAUACAAGCAGUAGUAAACAAGUAUAUUCCUUCAACAAAAACACAAAACUCAAAAAGUCAAAUCAGGAAAGAAGCUACGAAAUUACUAAUAUAUAGCAAAGCUAAGGUCUUAGGAAGGAUAUUCAGAAAAGGGUCCAAGGACAUAGGACAAAGUAUAGAUGAGCUUGAGAAGGCAAUUCUAAAUGUACGAAUAGAGUAUCUCAACACAGAAUACAAGACAAACAUCACACUCUUACUAGAAUUCUGGAACAAAGAAUACUGUAUUGAAAUUAAAGAGUAG